AGUUUGUAGUUGAGUUGAGAUAAGGCGUUCUAGGAAACAGUCUGGUUGGACGGGAUUCCAUUUACUAAAAUCCAUGUCUGUGAGGCUGCUGGAACUUUCUUUAACACCUUAGAGAGUUGAACAAAGCCAGCUUUCUAAGAUGUCUGUGAUGGCUGGGCCUACCCCGCAGCCGUCUGUGUUUACAUUCGAGUCCACAGUGCAUUCCUCCCAGGUGCUGCACUACCUGAACGAGCAGCGCUGCCGGGACAUGUUGUGUGAUUUGACGGUGCUGGUGGAGGGUCAGAAUUUCAGAGCCCACCGCUCUGUGCUGGCUUCCUGUAGCGAGUAUUUCUUGCAAAAGAUCUCUUCCCUCUCAGAACACGGAGCAGUAAUUACUCUGCCAGAAGAGGUGACAGCAGCUGGUUUUGAACCAUUGCUGAACUUUGCCUACACAUCCAAACUCAACUUUGGAAAAGACGAUGUUUUAGAAAUACGAAACUCAGCCUCGAUCCUUGGUUUCAGGGACCUAGACGAGGCAUGUUUUGAUUUCCUUCUGCCAAAGUUUUUCUUGAGCCGCAAUGGCUCUGCCGCCAUUGUGAGAAAGACCUGUUGUCGGAAGGAAUGCAAGAGGCGAUUAUCAACAGAAAAUUGUAGCACAGACUCUGACGAUGUGUUGUUGGAUGACAAAGAAGUAAAACCAGUUGCUGACUCAUCACCCGAGCAGGACGUGACUUGGGACUGUAACAAGUCAGUGAGUAACAAAAUGGGAAGUCAGAAAAGCGCAGACAGUUUUGGAUCUGUAGCUGAAGGGAUAAAUGAUCCAGUGGUGCAGGGUCCAAAGUAUCGCAAGUUCCAGUUGGCUUGUGAGAAGGAGAUGCUUGGAAGUGAGAAAUGUCCCUUCAAUUCAGUGACAUCAGUGAUCAGAGAAAGCUGUGUCCUCUCCUGUUUGCCGUGCCCCAUCAGGACACACUGUAAAAGGGAAACUGUGGUUGAUUUCACUGGAUAUCCAACGUCCAACUCCUGCAUAGAAAGCAAAGUUGGAGCAGAAGAGUUGUGGAAAACUAAAAAACACUGUGGGAACAAAUGUGUUGUUGAUAUGUCUAAGGAAGGCACAUUUGAACAAGAGGGAAAGCAAGGUUGCAAGGUAGAGGAGAAGAACAUUAGGACAUAUGAUGAAAAGAUGGACUACAUGUCCGGAAUCAUCUCCUCUGAGAUACCAAGAAUCAAGAAACUCUCCCCAACGCCAAGCAAAAUCCUCUGUGAGAGAUCAUCACUGUCUUUUUGCCCCUUGAGGUGCUUAGAUGUGGACUCUACAAUCACUCAGUCAAUGGGGCAUGAUAUGUGUGCUGUCAGCAUUACAGAAAGUAAAACAUCAAGAGACCCUGGUGAAAUAAUACCACAUUCCUCCCGUCAAAAUACAAUGUCAGAAGGUGAAGAAGAAAAUCCAAAUGACGCCAGUCAACAAGAAAGAAAGGUAACAUCCAACAUAGAAAGAGCAGCCAUCCUUAGAAAAACCUCAGAAGAGAAAAGCACCCUGAAGAAUGAAAGAGCGAGUCACCUUAGUGAGCAACUGGGAUUAUGUAAAGACAGCUACCAGCAAAAUUUUCUGGACUGUGAAGCAGGGUGUUCCACUGAUGCAUGUGGUGGAUGGGUGCAGAGCCCGUCUUUAGAGUGGUCAAAUCUUCAGAACAACCUUGGUUCCACCAAAACUGGGUGCCCAUUUUAUCAGGAUUUUGACCAAAUGAACUGCGGAAUGUCUGAGUGUGAGGGGACACCUCAGUCAAACUCAGGGGAGGAUGCAGAUUUGGAGACGGAAACAGAGGGAGACAGUGAGUACUCCACAAGUGAGAGAGCCCUACAGGUCCAGUUGCCAUUCUCUGUGGACUGGAUUGUGAAUCUGAACCGAAAUGACUUCCAACAUCUGCUGAAGCAACAGCUUCUUACCCAAGAACAACUGGAGUUUGUCCACGAUAUUAGACGGCGUAGCAAAAACCGCCUUGCAGCUCAGCGCUGCCGCAAAAGAAAGCUGGACUGCAUAUAUAAUCUACAGUGUGAAAUCAACAAACUGAAAACAGAGAGGGAGAAACUGAUCAUGGAGAGAAACCAGCUGACCCAGAGGAAAAUGGAAACAUGCCACACAGUCAGCACCUUGUGUCAGAGAAUCUACAGUGAAGCAAACCAACAAUCUGAGCAACUGCAGGUGUUAGCCAGUUGCACAUCCUCAGACUGCCCUCUGUCCUCCUUGUUUCCUCAAAUAGAUGCACUUCUGUCACAAUACGGAUCGUCGCUUCAUCCCCAGAAUGCGGCUUCUCAGGAAGAUACAUUUAACCUAAACAGAGAUACAGGCACAGGACUGCAUUAACUUUAAAUACAUACUGCAGACAUGGUGAAGCGCAGUAACAGUGCCACAAAUUAUGAUGACCAUUAAACUGUACAGUAUUCUUUAGUAUUCGAUAUACAAGAACUUUAUCAUGAACUGUGACUGAAAUACAGUAAUGCCUGGUGAUUCCUUGGAAUCUGCUGUGAUCAGCAGAUUCUUUAUAUUUAUUAUUAUUUGUUUUUGUCUUACUCUCUUUUAAAUUCAAAGUAUAUACUAAAGGGGUCACAGUGAGGUAUUUUAUCGCUAUUUACAAAUCUACAAUGUUAUUUAGAAUCAGUUUUCAAAGCAUUACAAAGGAGCAGCUUUUAAUAUCAGCAACACUACUCAUUGUCCGGCGUCCCAUUCUGUCAGGGGGCAGCACAAGUGCUUAAAAAAAAAAGUUAUCUCUUUAACCACAGUUAAAGAGCUGAACAAAUGAGUCAGUGUGCAUGUGUAGCACUGAUCCAUGGUUUUAAAUAAUCAUUUUCUUCAUAUUUUACCUCCAUGAAGCAUGGCUUUUUUUUAAAAUCUUAUGAAAUUCUGAAAAUGUCUUUAGACCUUUUUUUUCCUCUCAUUCCCUGUCUAGUCAUUGUGUACUUAAAAAAAGAAAAAAAUUAUGGAUAAGUUCAGGUUGAAUCCAAAAAAAUCUGCCUCUUUUGAAAAAACACUGGAAGUAAGAAUUCAGCUUAUGAUGCUAAUGCUUCUGUGAACAAAACUGUACUAUCUUGGGUACUUUACAUAGUUUCUAUAAAGAAAAAAGGCAAAUUCUGUUGCGUUUGUGACAGGCUUUUCUGUAACAAAGUGUCCUGAAGAUCCUUUUGCUAUGUUGAUUUGUUACAGGUAGCAACAAAAUGGCUUUAUUCACCCUUUUUGUGGUUAAAGGAUUAAUGGGUCAGAGCAGUGGUGUUUUUAAUAUUGGCAAUAUGGCUUUUUGCCUAGGGCUGCAUGAUGCAAAGAGGCCCAAAAAGUUAUCUGUCAAAUGUCCCCGAACAGCUCUUCUACUACUUAUUCAUAUGACCUACAUGAUUAGGAAACACUACCUGUUUUGUGCACAUUGUAAAAAAAAUUAUUGCUGUACACCAUUAGUAGUUGAUGAUGCUGGUUGGUUUUUGAUUGGAAACCUAAGAUUUGGUCCUAAAUUAAAGUGUUUUAUAAUGCUUUCUUGAAAUUACUACCACCUUAAAUGAAUCCAUCUAUCUAUCUUUCUAGAAAGGGCAGAAUGCACUUUCCGACUUCAGUUUUUUUUUUUUUUUGACAUACAGCCAUAGUGGUGGAAGGAGGGCGCCAUUUAUGCAAGAACCAUCACAGGGUCAGAGUUAAAUGCAAACAUGCAUUUUUAUUGUAGUGAAAAUGGUAAUGUACUGGAAUAAAAACAGCAAUCUAGCAGUUAAUGUGUAAAGAAAAACUUUAAAAAAACUAUUGUCAAGCACCACUUUAAAAUAUUUAGAGAAAAUUUGAUUGUUUGGAAGCAAAAUAUAAAGAAAUGAUACGACUAAACAUUUUUGCAAAUAACUGUAAAUAAUCCUACACUGCAUUGAUAUAUGACCUUUGAUUAUAAAACAAAGAUAAAUUUGUUCUUUAUUUUUGUAACAAUACCUCAGCAUGACUAAAUGAUUGCCUUUAUACUAGUGCCCUUCAGGAGUUAUAAGGCUUUGCAUACAGCUUGCUAUAACAAAUUCUCAGGUAUUGACAGGAAAAUAUCGUUCUUCCAGGCACUGUUAGGCUUUCUGACACAGACGGCAACGCAUCACCGCAUUUUGCACCAAAACCACACCGCUCACCAAGAAGGACUUUAACAGAGUGUUAUGUGUACCUUUGAGACAGUCUGACUGAGUUUUCUGGCUGUCAUUGCGGUCUCCCUGCCUCAGCCGACCAUAAUGACAAAGCUGUUUCAGGGAUCACAGGCCUCUCAGAGUUUUGACUCGAUAAAAACCAAACAAUACAAAUCUGCCUUAAAGUUGUUAUUCAUUAGGUUCAAGUAGAAAAUCCAUCCCAAUUUCCCCAUGCAGUACAAAAAAUAGCUGAAGAAAAGCAUUUUGUUUCCUUGUUAUGUUUUGUAGCACAUUCUGCAGUAGUUGAAAGUUUUACUUGAUACUGAUUAUCUGAUGAUGUAACACAAUUGGAUUUAACCAAAUUGUUUUUUUAAAUGAAUUCCCAUCCUGUUUCUUUAUUUGUAGCUUUUACAUUAGCUAUUCCCAUUUGUUGUGUUUAUAUACCGAUUCCUAUCAUCAACAUUUGCUGUUAAUCAUGUGCAGGGUUGCUUUACCAAAAUAUUUAUUUUGCAAGUAAGUUUUUCCUUUUGUGUUUUUACAUUUUUAAUGAAUCAUGUUUUAAACCAGCUGUUGCCUGCUUUGAUUUCCUUAAUCAGUAUUUGAAUGUUAUGGUUUUGGCUAUAUGUAUAUUGAGAUAUGUGGUGAAUGAAUGCCUUUUUUUUGUUGCAACACUCAUGAGGGAAAAAAACAAAGCAGAAUCUGGCUCUGAACUGGAGCCUUGCACCACUUCAUAAUGCCUGUUUUGCUGAAUGCCCUCUAGUGGUCAUACAUCAUUACUGAUGUUUCUACUCAUUGCUUUUGUCAUCUGUAAAGCCCUUCAGCUCUUGUAUUUCCAUUUAUGUGAUCUUUUGUACCUUGACAUUUUUAGGACAAAUAUAUAUAUAUAUUUAAAAAAAACUAAUUAUGUUAGUUUCCUCCAGGCCUUAUAACCUUAUAGUUAGUGUGAUGCUAUAUAACUGAAAAAUCCUUAGUAACACUAAUUUACAUGUAAAAACCAUCGUCGCUCAGUGUAAGUAAAAAAAUAUAGGUGAUUGUUUGA